GUCAAAUACGGGACAAGGCGACAAACCAAUUUCGCCCAAUAUACGGCAUGUCCCGGCUGAUACGGGACAGUCAGCAACCCGAGGCAGCGCCUUUGUCCCGAGGCGGGUCAUGUUGCCCAAGUAACGUGGCGCCGUCUCCACGGCAACCCGUGCCGGGCUGAAACACACCCAAGCGCCGGCAUCCCGGCCCCGAGUUCCGAUCGCAGCCGCCGCGUUCCGCUCAGGGUCUGCAAAACCACAAAGAAAUUGAUGGACGAGUUUGAAGACCAAUUUCGGACCAUCAACUAUGAAAAACUCCCGAUCAGAAUACCAGAUCCGGAUACAUUUUACGUGAAUAAUGCCACCCGGAUAUUGGAGAAACGACGUGAAUUGUCAGAAGUGGAAGAAGAUCUCGUUAAUCAAAGGGAGGAAUUCCAUGUGAAACUCAGAGUCUUGAAGCUACGAAGAGAAGAUCUAUUGGAAAAAGAAGAAGAGCUUAAACUGUCCAUACUUAAGUUUGAUAAAUUCUUAAAGGAAAAUGAUGCCAAACGACUCAGAGCCAAGAGUAAACAAAUGUCUGAAAAUGAUCUACAAAGACAGAAAGAGAGAGAUAUUAUGAAAAUGGAAAAGGAAUUGGACUUUCAGAUCACACAAAGAGGAAAGCUAAAGAAGAAGACAGAGAGUCAUGCCGUGUAUCCAAGUUUUUUAGAGAAUGUAAUUAAAACAGGAGAUGAGUUUCAGGAUAUCGGAACGGUGACCAGUCGUUUUGAGGCUUUGUUGCAUACAUACGACCUGCUAGUCCGAAGAUACCAAGAAAACCAAGAAACUAUAAAGACUAUCAAGUCCAAUCUAAAUAACUUCAUAAAAACAAAGAACAAUGAAAAUUUGAAGUACCAGAAUAUGAUUGCAGGGCUGAAAAUCCGCCUGGAAGCAGCCAAGACUAAAACCGUAAAAUGGGAAUCCAUAUGGGUACACAUCCAAAAUACAGCUGCAAAAAAGACUCUUACUCUGGGCAUGGUAAAAAUGGCCAUUUUUAACCUUUACGCACACAUUAAAGAGGCAGAACUGGAUUUGAACAUUGCAAUAGAAGACACAACCAAACAGCUUAGUGUAGUACAAGAAUAUAUUAUGCAAUUGAGGGAGAUUUUACAUGAGUUCAAGAGAAUGGAAAGUUAGCCUUCCUUCUGCUGCAUUAAAAGAAUAAAUGCUACAAAUGAAUUUAUACUGUUAGGAAAUACUACGGAAUGAAAAAUUAAGUUUCACAUGUCUACAAUUGAAAAUAAAUUGAUGCAUUAGUAUUUAAAGGACAUAUAGGUAAAAGUCAACUAUAACUGUUCAUAUUUCUGUCAAAUCCAUAACUUGUGUCGGCUGUGAAGUAGGUUAUGGCUGUGUCCACAAUUGUUCAAAAGCCUAGAGAUUCAGAUGGUUCUCGGGAACUGGAAGAAAUCCAAUUAAUACACCUUUCUUCAAACAAGGUGAAGUGAUAAACUGGUAACGACCAAUAAGUUAUGAUGUUGGACCAAGGUCCAGAAACAAUAGGCAGUGAGAGAAUUAGAAAGCAAGUGUGGCUUGAUCAUCAAGUCCAUGCUGGCUUUCUCUAAAGGCAAAUCAAGUCUCACUAAAUUGAUAAGUUUCUUGAAGCAUUAACAGAAAGGGUGGAUGAACUGUGAAAGGCGAGAUAUAAAGGGACAUCCAAAAGGCAUUUGAUAAGUUGCUACAUAAUAGGUUUGUCGUCAUGACUAAAUCCAAUGGAAUAAAAAGGGCUUUAGAGCAUGAAAAUUGGUUUUAGGAGGACCAGAGAAUCAUGCUGAAAGGUUGUUUUCCAGUCUGGAGGAAAUUGUAAUAGGACCCAUCCAAUGGUAUGCAUUUCAUUAUAUAAAUUGAGACACAGGAGACUACAGAUGCUGGAGUCUUAAGGAAAAUUCAACGUGCUGGAAGAACUCAGGGAUCAGCCAGCAUCUGGGGAGGGAACAGAUAUGCAAUGUUUCGGGCUGGGACCCUUAUUCAUUCUGCUGCGGCCUGAUGUGACUUCUUCCAAGAUUUUUAUAAAUAUAGACAACAAGAGCAAGGAAGCAAGUGGUGAUGGAUAUUGGUUCAGCCACAACUGAAAAACUAUGUUCAGUUUUGGCAAACAUAUUUUGGGAAAGAUAUGUAUGAUUUAGAUAGAAUGCAGAUGUUUAUUGAAAUGAUUCCAGUGAUAUGGAUGGAGGAAAGAAAUUGGUGUUAGUCCAAUUGCAGAUUUUGGAAUUAAGAGGUUUAGAUACAAUUCCAGACCAUUUAUAUUAUGAAAUGCAUUAUGUGAAUUUAUGUUAUGAAAUGCAGUAUGACCACAUAUUAUGAAUUGCAUUAUGAAAUGCUAUUAUGUAGAAUUUUAUCAAAUGCCUUUUAGAUGUCCCUUUAUCUCUCGCCUUUCACAGUUCAUCCACCCUUUCUGUUUGGACAGCUCCUCUUACAGUGUCCUCUCGUCUGGAAAACAAUCGUUCAGCAUUACUCACUGUCCCUGUUAGCCAAUUUUCUAUCCAUGACCUUCAAUCUUAACAACAAGCCUAUUUUGCAGCACCUCACCAAAUGCCUUUUGGAUGUCCCGCAUAGAUAGACCCAUUGGUAGAGGGCCCAAAAACUAAGGGACAAAGAGAGGUGAUUGUCAACAGAACUACAACUGACAUGAGCACAUUUUUUGCAUCCCAUAAGUGGUUAAGGUCUAGAAUACACUGCCAAAGUGUGCAGUGGAGGAAGGUUACAUUGUGAUAUUCAGAAUAGAGCUGGAUAAAUAUCUGAAAAAAUU